AUGUUGGAGGAGAAGAGCUGGAAAGGCGUCGACGAAGCAGCUUUUGACAGGGGGUGUGUGGCUCCCCCCAGGAGCGGCGAUGGGGAGAGAUGCUGCCGCCUCCCUCUGCUGCUGGGCUCGGGGCUGCCCGGCGUCUCCCUGCUCUCUCUGGUGCUCAGUCUCCUGCUGUACUUUCGGACCUCCGACCUGCAGUCCCGCGUGUCCCACUUGGAAGCGGACAGACCCACACAGCUCCCUGCCUGGCUCUCGGCAGACCAAAUGGAGACAGCUAUUUUGGGAAGAGUUGACCAACUGCUCAAUGAGAAAUUAAAGUUCCACUUGCCAAGACAUCGAGAAGUUCGAGACACACACCAGCGAUGCAACUGCCCGGCAGGCUCACCCGGACUGGCUGAACGGCCAGGCCUUCAAGGGGACAAAGGUGCGAUGGGAAUCCCUGGGCGGCCGGGACUAAAAGGGCAAUCUGGAGAGAAGGGUGCUCCAGGAGAAGCUGGCAUGUCUAUCAUCGGGCCCAGAGGUCCACCCGGACAGCCUGGAACAAGAGGUUUUCCUGGAUUCCCGGGCCCUAUUGGCUUGGAUGGCAAACCGGGCCAUCCUGGACAGAAGGGAGAGAUGGGUGCUGCAGGUCCCAGGGGACAACCCGGACCCCCAGGACAAAAAGGAGAGAAGGGUCAGUGUGCAGAGUACCCGCACAGGCUGCUGCCUCUCCUCAAUUCAGUGCGGCUGGCUCCACCUCCGGUCAUAAAGAGACGCACUUUCCAGGGUGAACAAGGACAAGCGGGGAUCCAAGGUCCCCCGGGGCCCCCUGGUCCCCCAGGGCCUGCUGGACCAGCCGGACCUGAAGGAAUCCCAGGACGUCCUGGGCCAAUUGGACCCCCUGGCAGAGCGGGAGAACCUGGAAAGCCUGGCAGAGAUGGAAAGGGCUUACCUGGGCCUCCUGGACCAAAGGGAGACACUGGGAUUCAGGGAUACCCUGGCAGAAAGGGUGAGGUGGGUGAGUCAGGCUUGCCCGGUGCCCGUGGCCUCCCUGGAGCCUCUGGCCCCAAGGGUGAAAAAGGGGAUGCUGGCAUAAAGGGGGAGAGAGGCAUGCCAGGGCUGCCAGGAAGACAUGGCUCUAAGGGCGCUCCUGGGAUGGCCACCGCAGGGAUGAAGGGCGAGCCUGGGACUCCAGGAGAAAAGGGAGAUUCUGGAGUGCCAGGGAGGAUGGGCCCCCCAGGUUUGCCAGGGAAGAGGGGGCAGCGGGGUGAGAAAGGACGAGCCGGUGACCCUGGGCUUCCUGGACUCCCUGGCCCUAAGGGAGAGAAGGGAAUUGCUGAGAAUGCCUUGGUGGGAGCUAAAGGAGAACCUGGCCCUCCAGGUCUGCCUGGACCCCCUGGACCAAAGGGAGAAGCUGGUGAUGUUGGUCAGCCUGGUGCUACAGGAUCACAGGGAGAAAAGGGGGAACGUGGUUCACCGGGAGACCAGGGACCCAUGGGCCCCAGGGGUCCCAAAGGAGAGCCUGGGAAGGACGAAAUGAUGGACUAUGAUGGGAACAUCAGUGAAGCUCUCCAGGAAAUACGAACUUUGGCCUUGAUGGGACCCCCAGGACGUCCAGGUGUGGCUGGACCUCCAGGGCCACCAGGACAGAAGGGUGAAAUUGGCUUGCCGGGUCCUCCAGGCCAUGACGGAGAAAAGGGACCACGUGGCAAGCCCGGAGAAACGGGCCCCCCUGGCCCUCACGGACUGCCAGGAAAGGAUGGACCCCCUGGAAUAAAGGGAGAGCCAGGCCAUGUCGGGGUCAGAGGAGAAAAGGGCGAUAAGGGAGAGCCAGGACAAGCGGGCUCACCGGGUCUAGAUGGCCCCACUGGAGAGAAAGGAGACCAAGGGAUACCAGGACCAUCAGGAUUGCCAGGGCCCAUUGGACUUCCAGGACUGACAGGAGAGAAGGGUGAGCCUGGGGAGCGUGGGGACAAAGGAAUUCCAGGAGAAUCGAUAUCUGGGCCCCCUGGACCCCAAGGCCCUCCAGGACCUCCAGGUCUCCAGGGUGUUCCCGGACCCAAGGGGGAAGCAGGGAUUGAUGGAGUGAAAGGAGAGAAGGGUGCCCAGGGUGAAAAAGGAGACAGAGGGCCACUGGGAUUACCCGGUGCUUCAGGUUUAGACGGCAGGCCUGGACCACCGGGUAUUCCAGGACCAAUUGGUGUUUCGGGACCAGCAGGACCAAAAGGAGAAAGGGGCAGUAAAGGAGAUCCUGGAGUUGCAGGACCAAUGGGGCCCGCAGGGCUUCCUGGUUUACAAGGUCUACCUGGUGACAAGGGAGUCCGGGGGGAGAGGGGCAAGAAAGGCUCUAGAGGGUCUAAAGGGGAUAAGGGAGACCAAGGAGCACCUGGAUUAGAUGCACCCUGUCCGUUGGGUCUCCGAGGUUUUAAAGGCGAGAAGGGUGAGCCGGGGCUACCUGGGCUGGACGGCCUGGAUGCCCCAUGCCCAUUGGGGGAAGAUGGCCUUCCAGUUCAAGGCUGCUGGAAUAAGUGAUGAUUCUAACCCUGGACUGACCUGUGUGUGUUACUGUACAUAGAAUAUUUAUUUUUAUACGGUGUUCUUCUCUGAAAUGCCAAAAGUUAUGCAUUUUUACAAAUUAUCAGAAAGUGGCAUAUUUUUUGUACAGAAAAUAUGAGAUCUCCCUCUUUUCCCAUUUGUCAGUUCUCAGUAUGAUUCUAUGUCUGCGUUACCCUUGUUUUGUCAUGGAGUACAGCUGUAAUAUUUACAUGGUAUUUGUGCACACAUGAUGAAUAUAGGAACUUAAUAAAUUAUUGCAUUAAAAGUGCCCAAAGGAACUGCCCUGUAUAGAUUUAAAGGUCAUUUUCAUUUUUCAAGCUGGAUCAUUCAA